AUGGCGGCGUGCAUCACGGCACCGCAGCUCAAAGUCAUAGAUCUCUGUCACUCUGGCAAAGCGAGCGCCGAGACUGCUACACCCAUCGUGGCCGCUAUCUUCGAAAAGCUUCUUCCGACCUUCCCCGCGUCCUAUUCUGAACUCUCACUGUGUGUCGGCAAUUUCUCUGGUACGCGCGUCAAACUAUGGGACAAUUGUGUUGCUACCGGGACCGCAAAGCGUGCACCGUUCCUCAACAUGGUGAUUCUUGGCACGGGGGAUCUUUGUGUUACGCAUCCUAUAUCCCUCCCAUCCCUCAAGAAGAUAGUUCUCGAAGACGAUUUCAGCCGCAUACAGAAGCCAAGGUUGUUAUCCAAGUUUGUGGAGCAGCUGAAGGUAUGGAAGGGGCUACACAGCGUUGAAACCGAGACCUUGGAGAUUUCUGACAUAUAUUGUCAACUCACAUCCGCCGACUUGAAGUUAUUUGAAGGUCUCGUUAAGGUUUCGAAACGUAGAACCAAAAGUCGGAACAAACGUGUUUCUUAG